AAUUUUGUGGAGGAGGGAGGAGAGCUCGGCUAUGGCGGCAGCGAGGGCUUUUUCUCCUCCUCCUAGCUUGCGGCGGCGCAGCGCCACGGCAACGAGCGGCCGCUCGGAUUCCAAGCUCGUCUCAUCGGGAUCCGCGUAAAAUCCUCGCCGCUCGGUGGAAUCUUGCUCGCCGCCGGGAAUGUGUUCUUGUUUGCUUCUCUCAGCAGGAGAUUUCCACUUUUCCUCGCAAUCUAGGUUCUCGUCGGCAGCGGUGUAGCAAUUACGAGCUAAUUGCUCGUUGGAUUUUUCCUCCCAUCCACCUCGGUUUCUUCGGUCCAAGCAAGCCCUUUUCUCUUCAUAGAACACUCUGGUGCAGCUCCUUGUCUCGUUCCUUCCCCCCGUCGCUGCAGUGUCUCCGUUCGCUUUCGUGAUAUUGGUAGGAGAGAUCGAAAUCGAUCUGCAUGGAAGAAAUAUCCACCUAGAGGUAUCUAGCUAGAACUUUCAAAGUUUAUGACAUGCCGUCCUCUUGUGGCACGAGUCGCUGUUCUUCCCCAUGCCUUCCUUCUCUGGACUGCAUCUCCUCGCCAAAAAGGAUCGCCAAUGGGUGGACUCGGUGGAUCCAGGAGCAAAGCUCGCAAGUUGCUCCUGGUUUAUGAAUUGGGUUCCUGGAAGGAGUCCUGGGCGACGUACACGGCAGGCAGGCAGGCAGGCAGGCAUUUGCUUUCAUGGUACUCGCUCUCACUCAUGAUGCUGGGCUUGAUCUUCCUUCAGUGAGAGCAGGGGCUAAAGGUGUGUGUGGUCAGAUCAGCUACCCGGUGAUUUGCAGAAGAAGAAGCUCCAUCUGCAGUCUUCGAUGGUGAUGUGUUGGUGGUAUGCAGUGAUCUCCCGCCGCGCCGGUGUCUUGGUCGUCGUCCUUGUGGGUGGCUCAUGCUCCGGGAAUGCGCAUUCGAAGGCAGCAGCAGCAGCAGCGGAUGGAGAGCUUGAGUGUUACUGUUCUUCCUGCAACUCUGCUGCAAGAGAGAGACUCAAAGUCGUCGUGCUCGGAGGCCAUCCCUGGCAGUUUGUCCAGAUCCAGGAGGUCGACCAACUGGCUGGACAAGCUCCGGGCCUCCAAGGGGUUCUCGCCGGAGCCCAAAGUCGAGAUUGAGGAGUUUGUGAGGACCCUCCAUGGGAAUUCUUCCGGAGAUUCCAAGAGCAGCGGCGUCACAGCGACCGCUCCUUUGCGCUCAUCGGCUGGGAAUGUAGCCGACUGCAAUGCCGCCAGCGGCAGCGGCAGCGGCACCACCUCAGAGGAGAAGCUUUGUGCUGUGGAAGACAAAGUUGGAUUUCCAGGAGGGGAUUGCAAGGUGGAGGAUGACAGACGUGGUGAAGCAGAGGUUGCUGUAGUGGGUACAAUGGAUUUGGUACAAUUUGAGCAGUGUGAUUCUUUUGACCCCGACGGUUCGAAGGCCAAGCCCAGCAGCAGCAGUGGCCAGUGCAUGAAGCUGUCGAAUUCUUCCGAAGGGCUCUCGCAAGUUUGUCCAAGUGAAGGCUCUUCGCCGGAGGAGAACGGGAAAGGCAAGUCUUUAAGCCCGGGAAUCAGUAAUGCAGAUAAUGGUAACGCCAUUGCUCCGGCCAAAGCUUGUGGGGACUACGACGUCUACGCGUUUGGAUUGCCUCGGGAAGACUUCGAGCCGUCCCAAGGGUGUGUGACGACGGUGAAGCAGCAGCAGCGGAAGCAGCAGCGCAAGAGGAAGCAGCAGAGGCCGAGGAGCUGCCCGAAAACAAACACCUUUUCUCCCGGGCAGGAGGUAACUGGACCUUUACUGCAACGAAGGAACCUGGAGCUCCUGCGGCUGGGGAGCUACUGUGUGCAGGAGAGGGGGAGUCCAGAGUCAGAGAAGGCGAAUCCCGUGUGCCGGACUCAACUGGCAUUGCGGCAAGAGUAUCUGACUGCGACACCGUUGAAUUGCAGUGACGAGAAGAGGAGAAGUUGCGCGAGCUUGACAACCAGCUGCAUGGAGAAGAUGCGCGCCUUCAGCCUGCGGAGCCAGUCCUCUACAGAGUCGGACGGAAACGGGAGCGAUAGUACGUCCGACUCGUUGACCCUUCGCAGGCGAGGGAUGAAGCAGUCAAAGGAUCUACAGGGUGCUAUUUGCUCCAAGAGGAGAAAGUUGUAUGCUGCUGGAGCUCCUGUUACUCCAUUCCAGGUGGAGCGAACAUUGUCUUUGCAGAAAGAUGACCACUUGCAGGCACGGAGGAGGACACCGCAAACGAAUGGCUUUUUCGAUAUUGCUUCGUCCAUGCUUAGAGCACCACUCGGUGUCUCCAAAACUUUGCCUCCUCCUGACGAUCCUCCCGACCACCCGGCGAGCCAACCGAAGGAUACACUCGCCUCCUCAGUCUACCAGGUAUUCAUGAAGGCUGGCAAGAACGGCUUGACAACACGGGAGGCCGUCUCCAAGAUCAUCGAGGAAAAGCUUCCGGGGCUCGGGGAAUGCAGCGUGGUGGCGAGGGUGGAAGUGGGGAAGAUCGUGCGCACGUCUCCUUACUUCAUGGAGCUGGAGGAAUCAAGGUUUGUACUGUGCAGUGCAAUAACCGGCAUAGAAGACAAAGCAAACAACAAAGGCCCAGGGGCGGAAAAGGUAAAGGAACAGGUGUACGAGCUCCAGAACUGGGCCGCUCUUGCAGUUAGACGGGCGCGGACAGGCAAAACGAGAAGGAAACCAAUCCGUGACAGGAGUGGUCUGGCAGUGUCAGUAGUGGGAAAACCAGGUAGCGAGGAGAAUAGUAAAGCAGCAGCACCAGCAACAGCACUCCAGCAGAAGCAGCCCCAGCAGCAUCAGCAGCAGCAGCAGCAGCAGCAGCGUGAACAGGAACCGCCCCGGAAGCGACGACUGAAGUCUGUACAGCAGGAUAGUACAGGUCUCGGGAACCGCUGCAACCGGUCUGAUGGCAAAGGCUGGCAUUGCCCGCUGCUAGCACAGGUCGGGUACUUGCUUUGCGACCACCAUCUGGACAGGUUGCGAGCAAAGUCAGGCUCCAAGGCGAGGAGGCCCAACAAAAACCGAGCCGAGAAGCGGGCCAACAACAACACCACCACCAAGAACAGUGCUGGAAACCACGCCACCGCCGCCACCAACAGAAAUAGCAACAAAGGCAACAACAACGUCACCACCACCAACACUGGUAGGGGUAAGCAGGGAAAGGCUAGUCACAGGAAUGGAUUUAAAGCUCCGGCGCCACCGCCGCCGACGAAUCCAAGUGGGAGGGAGGCGUGGGGGUCUCGUCAGUCUUUGGGUGUAGCGAGAGUAGGACGGGGUAGCGAGAAGCGGCAGAAGAAGGCCGAGGAGCUGCAGGACGAGUCCGGUGGAGAGGAGGUGACGACGUUUGGGUUGAGGUUCUAGAUAGGAGGAACAGGAGGAGUGGCAAUCCCAAUCUCAAUCCCAGCGGUGAUGAGAUUGAUGAUCACUGAAGAAGAGCCGGGGUGCUUGGAUCAUAAAAGGUGGAACUUGGAAGAACAGUGGUGGUGGUGGAGGAGAAGAGCGAAGAGGAGGUGACGACGUUGGGGUUGAGAUCCUAGACAGGAACAGGGAGCGGAUCGCUUGGGCCAUCAAAGUUGGAACUUGGAAGAACAGUGGUGGAGGAUAAGAGCGAACGUUUGGGUUGAGGUUCUAGAUAGGAACAGGAGGAGGAGGAUUCGGUGGCGAUCCCAAUCUCAAUCCCAGCGUUUGAUGAUCGCUGAUGGAGAACUUGGAAGAGCAGCGGUGGAGGAGACGAGAGCAAAAGACACUGGCGGCGAUGAUGAGGUGGUAAUAACCCACGCACUUUGAUUGGAGAGAUUUUUUGGAGAAUGGUAAGUUAGGUGGAGGGGAACAUUGAUUGAUUUGAUUUGAUUUGAUGGAAGCGGCGCACAACAGUGGCAGUGGCAGCGGCAGCAUCGCAAUUGGUUUGUUGCAGCGGCGACGCAAAAAAGAGGAGAACAGCAAAAAAAAAAAA